UUAAUGAAGUUUCGCGACAGAAACUGGGGAAGUGAUAUCUGUCAAUAUCAUGAGUGAUUUGCACGUGGAGCCUGUGUUCGUACACGACUUUGAGAGACUUUUACUGGAUCUGGGAACAUGGGGUCUGUACCAGACAAUUAUGUCGCUUCUUCUUUUCAUCCCAAUUGUUUUUGUGUCAUCAAUAGUGUUCUUCAACUUGAUUGAAUUAUCUUCGGGCAACAGUGAUGCAAACUCGGCAGAGCUAACCAAAGAUUGGUCUCGUUUGGUAUUUUUGGGAGGAAUGGUCGUUUCUUUGGUGAUGACUUUUUUCUUGGCAAGAAUAGUUGGUCGAAAAUACACGUUUCUCACUGCUGUAACCUGCCUGGGAUCGUGUGGCAUUUGGAUUUCAUUCUCCAGUUCUCAGCCCAUAAUCCUCGGCUCCAAAUUUAUCUGUGGACUGGGAUGUGUUGGUAUCGUGUAUUCCGCGAUCCUUCUCCAAUUGGAGAUUGUGGGGACAAAAUAUUCGCACGUUACUGGUUUACUACUUAUUUUGGCCUUGGCCUUGGGCCAGGUGUACCUUGGGUUCACUUUGAGUCAUGUAGAGCAAAACGAUCAGAUGGUUUGGUGUUGGACCUGUGGACCAAUUUUGGCAUUCCUGCUCAAUUGGCUGAUCCUGCCCCAUUCAUAUCGAUGGUUGAUUGCCACCGCUCAGAUGGAUGAGGCUCAAGAUCAGAUGAACCGCAUGGCAAAGUGGAACAAUCAGCCAUUUAGAUCCAUAAUGGAGUACACCCAACCACUACCUAAUCAAUCAGCCGAAGUUCAACACAUGUGGCAGCAUUUUACUGUUUAUUCAGGGUGCUCCUUUACUUGUGGCGCUUUAAUUUUCGCCAUUGUUCACAAUGUUCCUGAGGUGACUGGUUCAAUCGGAAUGGACCUGGGUAUUUUGGCAAUAUCGGAUAUUUUAGCCAUAUUCUUGGACUUGGCCUUUGGAAGUAACCGAGGCAUUGAAUUUCUAUGUGCCCUUUUUAUCUUGGCAUCGGGGAGUCUGUGGCUGGCGUUUCGAACAACUUUUGACACUACAUCAUGGAGUUUCGUGUUGUUGUUUCUGUCAAGGAUAUCAUUGGCGUUGACUCAAAUAAACCAAAUCGAGUUGGUUGGGCAAUUUCCUGUUGAUGAUUUGUAUUUUCUACUUUGUCUGAGUUUUGGAGAACUUGGUGUGGGAUUUUCGGCAGCAAUACACAUUUUUCUGAGUCAAAACGUCGAAGCAGUGUUUAUAGGAACAGUUUGCUUUGUAUCUGCAGUAUCUAUCUGUUUAUUGUCAUUCAAAAAUGCAAAAUUGAAAUACAAAAAAUACUUGGUGUUCUAAAGCCUCAGGUACGAACACACGGAACGUGAAACCUCUGGCUAACGCAACCUUUAAAUUUGG